AUGUUCAUUAACAUACUCGUCGUGUUUGUUCCUUUAGGCAUAGUGGCAGGCAUUUUUACUUGGGCCCCUAGAGUUGUUUUUAUAUUCAAUAUUUUAGCUCUCCUACCACUCGCGAAGCUGCUUUCUUCUACGUUGACAGCAACAUCGGAAAGACUAUACCCGUUGCUAGGAAUCGUUCUAAAAGCCACAAUUGGGAACUCAGUUCUGCUGAUUGUGAGUAUCAUAGCACUCGCAACCAAUCAUACCCAGGUUGUCCAAUCCAGUAUGCUUGGAAGCAUCUUGGCAAACACAUUGCUUGUUGUAGGGUUCUGUUUCCUUAUCGCUGGAAUCAGGCACAGAGAGUCAGUCAUCAACACUACCUUUACAUCUACGGCAUCCUCUAUGAUGUAUGUGGCAUCAGCAUCUCUAGUUAUCCCUGCGGCUCUCUUCGGAACUCAAUGCAGGGCCAACUCUAGCUGCGAGCAGAGCAUUAUCAAACUCUCGCGCGGCAUUGCGGUUAUUCUGCUCGUUCUCUUUGUUGUGUAUCUAAAUUUCCGGUUCAACUCGCAUGCCGACCUGUUUGAAGGCCGUCCGGUUCAAAGAGGUGAUAGACAGGAAGAAGUCGAGCAAUCCUCGUCUUUGGUGGCCGAUGGGGUAGUUAUACUCCUGUGCAUGCCGCUCACGGCCGCAGCCGCAUUUUUCUUGAUGGGCGCGAGCGACUCAAUUACUGAAUCGUCACCUAUGAGCUCGAGGCUUCUCGGCUUGGUUCUUCUCCCACUCGUCGCAGAGGGACCCGAGCGUGUUGCUGCCAUGACCGAUGCGUAUCAAAACCGUAUGGAUCAUGCUCUCGACUUCGCCAUUGGCCGUAGCAUGCAGAUUGCGUUGUUCGUCACACCUCUCCUAGUUCUGCUUGGAUGGGCAAUGCACAUCAGCGAGCCCAUGACCUUACAAUUUCAACCCUUUGAAACGGUCGCGCUCUUCUUAGGGGUGCUUAUGGUUACUAAUCUCAUUGGAGAUGGCAAAAGCAAUUACCUCGAAGGAGCGAUAUGUCUAGCAACCUAUGUCAUAAUCGCCCUUGCAUUUCAAUUUCUUCCUUGA